AUGGUGGAAAGAGACCACGAAAGUGGACAGAAGGGGGCCCUUCACAACCGCAAUGAAAAGAUAAACUUUCCUGGGAGUAGUACUCCAGGGAGGAGAGAAAUUCUGCACCAUCGGAAGGAUGUCGUAGACAUUGUUCACAUGAACAGGGACACAUUCACCUCGCUGAAGAGUCUCCUCUCCCUAAUUGAUAGCAUAAAUACCCGAGUGGUGCAAAAUGGAUUAGCGGCCAGUAGACAAAGGGGAACCCCCUCCAGCAGUGGGAUGCUCCAAACCAGAGCAGUUAUAAAUGAGAAGGAGUACCUCCUCUGUGUAGAGCUGGGAGAAGAUAGCAGAGAAGGAAGCGCACCUCUGAGGAGAAAUUCCUGUUCAGGGAAAUUCCCCCCUUGUGAUGAUGAAGAUCUUCUCCAUUUGAAAAGAGAAAUUCAAGGCAUCGAUUUUUUCGCCUUAUCUGCUCUACUCCGGGUGUACCAAAAAAUCGUCAGAAAAAAAAAGGCCCCCCAUGGGGGUAGCCUUUCCAGAGUAGCUUUCCCAUUUAACAGGGUGGAAAAGUUCAUCCUCCAAACGUUAUGCUCUCACAUUGACAGUCUGCUUCAACGAAAGGUGAAGAGAAAAGGGGACACGGUGGAUAGCCCUCCCCAACAGGGUCCAAGCAGCGAGGCUCCCUUCCGUGCCGUAUACUGGGAGGUAUUAAGCAUUUUACAAAUCCUCACACACAACAAAGGGGAAUACAUAGACUUCAUAAAUCGAGUGCUAUAUGCACAGUUUAAAUUUGUGGACAAGCACAGACAUCACUAUAGCUAUGCCUUCUCGGUUGGUCUCCUUCCUGUGAUUAAUGAGGUACUCCUAUAUCUGUCAAAUGGGGUAGGGUCUCCUCCAACAGGGGGGGAAGACCUCCGUCACCCUGCGUUCUUUGCAACCAUAGGUGGGAACCCCCUUCACAUGCAGAAGGAGGCCUUUACGUGGGGGUACAUCCAGGAGAACUACCAAAAAGGGGAGCUAUCCGUACACAGGUCUGCCUCCCCAUCAGGUGAUGAACAGAAUGGAAAUGUAGACACGCCGCAAAACUGCGAACCGGAUGAACGUACUGCGGAAGAAAGACAGAGCUGUGCAGAUAUCGUUUGUCCCCCCCCGAAGAGCGCCCAAAAGGAGUUGAACCCCCCGGAGGAUGGCGAGAAAUUCUCCUACUUGCAACAUUACAGCAUCACCCUGCUCAGCAUAAUUGCCAAAAAGAUAAAGUACAUGGAAAAGAGGAACCAUGUCCAUGACGUAGGGCUCAUACUCGAGGGUAUUAACACCCUGAUGCAUGUGGAAGGCAGCUCGGGGGGGCAGCCCUCCAGCUUGAUAAAUCAAAGGGCAGAAUUUUUAAAGGACGUCAUCCAGAAGGGUAAGGACCAUCGCAGUGAAGUUAGCCAAAAGAUGUACCUCCUCCUCUUUCUGGACUUCAUUUUUAACUUUUUAAAAAACGUAAAAUUUGGUCCCAAGGCCAUCCAUAGGAUCACAAAAGAGGGGGAAUCUCUUGGAGACCAUUUUCUCAAAAUCCUCUGCCUCUCCAGCAGCAUUAGGCAGAUGCUGACGAGUGGGAGAAGAAGUAGUGACAGCAGGAAAGCUCACCACCACUGUGGUCCCUCUGUUGGGUGCACCAAUGAUGCGCCUCUCUAUGCAGACCAAGCCUCCAAACUAAUCAGUAGGGUAAAUAAAAACAUCGGUCUGCUGACCAGCGAGGCAAUUCUACAUGCCCCCAAUUAUGGUUUGCCCACCCGUUUGGAGAGGAGCCACCUGCCCAACGCCUACAUGGCCUACCUACUCAAUGACGUCUACCUGCAGAGCAACAGCGAAGUGAAAAAAAUGACUCUUUCGCAUUUCGCAAAGAGGAACGAAUCGUCACAUUGGGGGAGCCAACCAGGUGAGGGGCAAAUCUACCUGGAGUAUAUCACCCUCCACAAUUUGGUGAAAAUCUUCAAAGGGGAAAUUAACCAAGCGGGAAGGAAAGACGCAGAAGGGAACGGCGCAGAAAGGAACGGUGCAAAAAGGAACGACUCCGAAAGGAACGGCGUAGAAGGGGAAAGCGAAAAAUCCGUUGAGAAGGUUUUCCCCUUUUUUCGGACCCUCCUGGAGAACUGCUCAAACGACGCCACAGAAAUGUCGCGUAACCUCCAGAUGAAGCAACUCCUGCAUGGGCUAAACAAACUCUGCUACUUCUACCUGCUGUGCAAAAGGCACAUCACGAAUGCCAAUUUUGUGGCUCUUGCAAAUUGUAACUUCUACCUUUCAUUUUCGAUAAUUAAUUGGCACAUCGAAAAAUGCCUGAACAGGUCAGAAUUUUUUUUCCCCCAUUUUGUCAACAUGUGUGCGGAAAAAAUAUCCGUCAUUGUGGGCACUCUCAAAUGCUUCGGUCUACCAGCGGAAGAAGACUUGGCCAACUGCCUCUCCAAAUUUAUCACUUUAACUCAUCUGUGCAUGACUGAAGAGAACAGGAAGAGUCUCCUUUUUUAUGUGUUGCCCUAUGUGGAGCGCGCGAGAGGGGACCUUGGCAAGGUGGGAAGCCUCUUAGUGGGUACCGAAGUGCCGUCACUCCGUGGCGCGGAAGGGAAGGAUGAGCGUACCCCAGUAGGGGGAAGCACAUGUGAAGAUGCGGAGCGGAUGAGCAACGUUUACUGUGAAGAAAGCUCGUCUGAUUGCACCCUCUUUGAGGAACCCCCGUCUGGCUGCACCCCCGUUGAAAACCCCCCAUCUGGUGACACCCCCGUACGCACCCACCAAAACUUGCACCACGUGGAAAAACGCAUCACAGAGGUACUAUCCACAUUCGAGGAGAAACAAAUCUCCCCCAUCGGCCGUGAGAAGCUGCACGAACUGCUAAACAAACUGCUGAACAAACUGCUAAACGAACAUGUGCGGGGGGGCCUCCUGCUCAGGAAGGAAAACCAAAUCCUCAGAAACAAGUUAAAUUACAUCUUGCUCAAUUUCGACUCGUUUGUUAAGGCACACAUUACCCAAGCGGUUGCAGAGCAGCAGUGGCUCAUUGCCCACCAUGAUGCCGAGGGGGAAUUGGCUCACACGGGAAAAGGUGGCCCGCGUGUUGCACUCCAUCACGUUGCUCACAUGAGUGGAGAAGGCACUGUAGAGGGGGACAACUCCAUAGGAGGGGUAGUACCCACAAAAGAUGUGGACGAAACUACUCCUGGAGGAGAUCACCCAGAUGGACAUGCCAAACUAUCACUCCAUUUCGAUUACAAACACGUCAGUGCCAAAAAUGAAUAUUUCCGACAGCUACAAAAAUACGAACGUGAAGAUUUCCAAAAAAUUAACAACGUUUUGAUAAACAUGUACCUUUGCAAUCCGUACGUAUGCUCCAAGAGCAAAGAUGUUAUCCUCUCCAGUGGGAAAUCCCCAAAGAAGGUCAUCAUUUUGCCACAGGAUACGUAUCGAAACAUACACAAGUUGGUCGCUGCGGGAGAGAGCGCCGAAGGGUUCAAACUCCUCAGGCGUGUUCACCACUCGGUGCACCUCUUCUUCAUCCGGGUGAAGUUUUUUUUCAGCAGGAUGAGUUGA